AAAACAAUUAGUCGCGUCGCGCGAGUCGACCUUCCUAUAUGAGUCGCAGCUGCUAACAACGCUACAAGUGCGGAGAGCUCAGCCCCCCGGUCCAGCAGCAGCAACAGCAGAGAGAGCUUCGCGCCUCGACGAGCCGCGAUCUUGUGCUAGUGUGAAAUAUCGCGCCCUGGUGUUACGAGCCAGUUUCUCUCUCUCUCUCUCGCUCGCACACUAUUCUAUUUAGUAUAUACGUCGCAACAACAAGCGAUACCUUUGUGCUGUGUUAUAACGCGUGAAUAUUUGUGUAUGUGUCUCUAUGUGUAAAAUUGUGUGCGAAAAGGCGAUUAUCGCGGAAUUAGUGCGUCGUCUUCGUCGGGCUUCCAUAUAUAUAGAGGAGUGCAUCGAUCGAAUAUACAUAUAUAAGGCCGAAAAAACUCGUCGCCUCGCGAGAUUAUGCAGCAUCGGCAGCAGCCGCAGCGGUGGACGCCAAACCGAUGCGCGUCUCGUUCAUUCCUUUGCGACUGCACUAUUAUUUCUCUCCUGGCUCUAUAAUCCAGCAGCAGCAGCAGCCACAGCGAAAUUAUUAUGCUCCGCUCGUACCAUUGAUGCUCCGAUUUGUCAUCGUCUAUUACUUAAUCCCGGUAAUAACAGAUCUCAUAAUUGAUUCCUACGAGAGCAACAGCGGAAGCGCAAAACAGCGCAACAAAUUCACGAUGCAAACGGUGGCAUCGUCGACGUCGUCCAGCUCGUCGGUGGCAGCUGGCGGCAGUGACAGUUCGCGGCGGGAAAAGUCGUCUACGUCGUCGCCGUUGGACGUCGAGCAGCAGCAGCUCGUCGUGGAUUAUCGCGCGAUCAACGACACGCAGAAGCAGCAGUACGACGCCGACAACUGUUCCUCCGCCUCCGCGAGUAGUAGCGGCAUCAGUGGUCUCUCGCUGGCGCUGGAGGAUCGCGAUCUCUGGAUGAGAUUUCAAUGCAUCACCAACGAAAUGAUCGUGACGAAGAACGGCAGGCGUAUGUUUCCGGUGGUCAAGGUGGUGGCACGGGGCCUGGAGUCCGCGGCCAUGUACACCCUACUCCUGGAAUUCGUUCAGAUCGAUCCUCACAGGUGGAAGUACGUGAACGGCGAGUGGGUGCCCGGCGGCAAGGCCGAGGUGGCGCCGCCCAAUCCCAUCUACAUACACCCGGAGAGCCCGAACUUCGGCGCGCACUGGAUGAAGGAGCCCGUCUCCUUCGCCAAGGUCAAGCUCACCAACAAGUCCAACGGCAACGGCCAGAUAAUGCUCAACUCGCUGCACAAGUACGAGCCGCGCGUCCACCUGGUGCGAGUAGGCAACGAGGAGCAGAGGACCGUCCUCACGUAUCGAUUUCCGGAGACGCAGUUCAUCGCCGUUACGGCCUAUCAGAACGAGGAGGUGACCAGUCUGAAGAUCAAGUACAAUCCGUUUGCCAAGGCGUUCUUGGACGCGAAAGAGAGGCCGACGGACUCGCAGCCGUAUGCACAAUAUCCCGGGCCUUGGUUCAUGCAGCAUCAGAGCGCUGGCCUCGGCUACGACUACCAGGCGAGUCUCGCAGCUGCCCAGAGCCAGGCGUCGAUGGUCACGGCCAAUCUUUCCUCGUCCUCCUCGUCCUCCUCCCCCGUCGUCAGUGUAUCCGCGGCGUCGAGCGGCCACCCGAGGACAAGCGGCAGCUGCAGGUCAGCGCCCUACUCGCUGCGCCACCACCACAAACACAUGACGACACAGGAGGAGCAACAGCAGCAGCAGAACGAGCAUCAGUACAGUCCGGUGGCUCUGCUGCACUCGAGCCCCUACGCCAGCAGUUGGUCCUCGAGAAGCCCCGAGAAUCAACAGCAGCAGCAACAGCAGCAACACUCACCUCCGCAACACUUGACACCGUUGACGCCAUCGAUCGGCACCGCCUCGAGUCAAGACUGGCCCUCGUCGCCCAAUUCCCCGGCGGCGACCUCGCCCUAUCAUCAUCACCAUCACGCCCAGCAGCACCACCAUCAGCGGAGCAUCGUCAGCAGCAACAACAAUUUGUCGCCGCCGAUGCUGCCGACGACGCCUCUGUACGCCUCCGCCGCGGCGGCGGUGUCCUCGUCGCUGCAAGAGGCUGCCGCCCAAUUGGAGCCGCAUCAGCAGGUGGCGGCACCCCCGAGCUGGAUGCACCCGAGUCUGAGCGAGCAGAUUCACCAUCAGCAGCAGCAGUCGUACUUGAAUCUCAAUUUGCAUCUGCAUCAUCAGAUAUCGUACACAGUCAGUACUCGUAGCGACAACGACGCAUCUAGACCCAUUGAAAAUGUUCAUGAUAACGUUUUUUAUUCUGUCCCGAAGAACGGCUCGAAUCUGCAGCAAUCCGUGCACCCGCAGGAGUCACCGAUAAGUCAGGAUUACUCCGACUAUCAACUGCAUCAUCAUCAUCAUCAUCAUCAUCACGAGGCAGCGGCCGCCCACCAUCAUCAUCAUCUGCAGAUGCAGCAUCAGCAGCUGAAUCAUCAUCAUCUCCAUCACGCCCAAACUCACGGCGACGACGCCGAAUCGACCAGUCCGUACGACUCCAAAGACUCGAUUCAGCACCAUCGGCAGCAGCAGCAGCAGCAGCUGACGGUGUCGAGCUACGAGUCCCAGCAACAAACGACCGCCGCCGACGAGGCCGCCGUCAGAGCUGAGCACAUGGAUGGGCGUAGAUUUAUAACGACUAGUAACGCGUUGGAUGAUAUUCAGCAGCAGCAGCAGCAGCCGCAGACUAGAUCGGACGAGGAAGAUCAGCGACAGCAAGGCUGGACACCGCUGACGCCGCCUCCGGCAUCGCAAACCACGGCUAUUUGACGGCAGAGUAACAUGAAAGAUGAUUAUCUUUAUUCCUAUAAGCGCUGUCAACUCUUCAUGUUCGUUUGCUAUCUUAAUGCGCUAAUUUAUUGUAGAUAUGUUGUAUGUUAAGCCACAUGAAGUAUUUAUGAAAAAUUAAAUAGUCUUUAACUUUUUCAUACUAAAACUCAUGUAUAAAUUUCCAAUGGUGAGAUGAACCAUUGACUCAUUGUAUUUUUGCGAAAAAAUAGAUGCUCUUAAUUAUGCUUUGUUGAAAAUUAUAUAUAGUUUUAGCUGCAGCAUCGCAAAAUUACGGAAUGAAAUUCACGAUUUCCGUAGAA